AUGGGAGCGGUGGCAUCGAGUAUGCCACCACCUAGGACCGGUCGCUCUUCAGAAAAUGGAAGCGAGCCGGAUCCGAAGAGAAGAAAUGUCGAAGAAGUCGGUAGAACACCAUUGAAAGAAGCGUUGAAGAUUCUUGCCACAUCGAAAGCUGCCGUUGUCUUUGACGGAGAUGACACGGCUGCAGCAGAACAUAUCCAAAUUCUUCAAAAUGCCAUAAAAGAAGCUGGAAUAUCCGCUGACGUCGCCAAAGUAAACGUUGGUUCUGCCUCAAAAGCUCAAAUUCAACACCUUACAUUGCACCAAGGAUGGCCUAUGGCUUACAUCAAAGGAGACGCUAUCGGCGGUCUUGAGAACUUGAAGAAAAUUCCCAAUAACGUUUUGUCGGAAUGGCUUAAAGAUCACCAGUAUGAUCUUAUCGUGAUUGGUGGAGGAUCUGGAGGUCUUGCCGCCGCCAAAGAAGCAGCUCGUCUGGGCAAGAAAGUCGCAUGUAUCGAUUUUGUGAAACCAUCGCCGCAAGGAACUACAUGGGGACUUGGAGGAACUUGUGUGAAUGUCGGAUGUAUUCCAAAAAAGCUGAUGCAUCAGGCAUCAAUAUUAGGGCAUUCCAUUCAUGAUGCGAAGAAGUUCGGAUGGGAUAUCCCUGAUGGUCAAAUCACUCACAAAUGGGCAAAUCUAAAAGAAGCCGUUAACGAUCACAUUUCUUCAUUGAAUUGGGGUUAUCGUGUGCAACUUCGUGAGAAGACGGUAACAUAUCUCAAUUCCUACGCAACUUUCACGGGACCAUUCGAAAUCUCAGCGACUAACAAGAAGAAGAAGGUUGAAAAGAUCACGGCAGAUCGUUUUCUCAUUGCUACAGGACUUCGGCCAAAGUAUCCUGAAUGUCCUGGAGCUGUUGAGUACGCAAUCACAAGUGACGAUUUGUUCCAGUUACCCUAUUCCCCGGGCAAAACUUUAUGCGUCGGAGCUUCUUACGUUUCUCUCGAAUGCGCUGGAUUUUUACAUGGACUUGGAUUCGAUGUCACUGUGAUGGUCCGAUCAAUCCUUCUUCGUGGUUUCGAUCAGGAUAUGGCGGAAAGAAUUCGAAAGCAUAUGAUCGCUUAUGGAUUGAAAUUUGAAAGUGGUGUUCCGACGAAAAUAGAAGAAGUCCAAGCAAAAACCGAUGAAAAGGCAGGACUCUACAAGGUUUAUUGGCAGAAGAAGUUGGAUGAUGGAACAACUGCGGAAGAUUGCGAGGAGUUCAACACGAUUGUUAUGGCUAUUGGACGAGAAGCUGUCACUGAUGAUGUCAAUCUUGAUCUGAUCGGUGUUGAAAGAGCGAAGAGCAAAAAGGUGGUCGGACGACGUGAACAAUCAUCGACUCUUCCUUAUGUAUAUGCUAUCGGUGAUGUAUUGGAAGGAACUCCGGAAUUGACACCGGUUGCAAUUCAAGCCGGAAAAGUUCUUAUGAGAAGAUUGAUCGAAGGAGCCAAUGAAUUGACGGAAUAUGACAAAAUCCCAACUACUGUGUUCACACCGCUUGAAUAUGGUUGUUGUGGAUUGUCGGAAGAAGAUGCCAUCAAGAAAUAUAAGAAAGAAAAUGUGAUUGUGUAUCACAAUGUGUUCAUCCCGUUGGAAUACACGAUUCCGGAACGAAUGGAUAAAGAACAUUGCUACUUGAAAUUGAUCUGUUUGAGAAAUGAGAAUGAAAAAGUCGUUGGAUUCCAUAUUCUAACGCCUAAUGCCGGAGAAGUAACACAAGGAUUUGGAAUUGCUUUGAAGUUGAACGCCACCAAGGCAGAUUUCGACCGAUUGAUUGGAAUUCACCCGACCGUUGCAGAGAACUUCACCACGUUGACGUUGGAGAAGAAAGAAGGGGACGGUGAAUUGCAAGCUUCGAGUUGCUGA